AUGGUGGAUGGGGUGGUGCUCGCAGUGACCGCGGAUGGCGCCACCACGCAGCCAGUUGAAACCCAGACGGACAGGAACAACCAUGGCGUCCUGGUGUUCCUGCUCGUAUGCAGCUGUACUCCGUACACAAGCCACACUGCCGGUCCCGGAUCGGACACCCGGGGGCAUCAGGGAUGGCGAGGAGAGGAUAAAAUAUUAUUCAAGCUUUUAAUGAUGUCCUCCAGGACUUGCAGUUCUGAGUGGCUGAUAUGGUAUUUAGCCCUUUUCUUCACUUUUACUAAUGGUCAGCGGUUAAAGCAAGCAAAAUCACCUAUGCUGCACAAUAAACCAUUUCUUGCUAUCUGGAAUGCACCCACGCAGCAAUGUAAUCAGAGAUAUAAAAUUGACCUGGAUCUCAGUAUCUUUGAUAUAGUUGCUAAUCAAAAUCAAACCUUAAGUGGUCAGAAUGUCACAAUAUUUUAUCAUACUCAUCUCGGGUACUACCCAUAUGUCAAUGAUGAUGACACAUCUGUUAAUGGAGGGGUACCGCAAAAUCAAAGCCUCACAAAACACCUCAGUAAAGCUAAAGAAGAUGUUGUCAGAUUUGUACCAAAUAAAGAUUUCCAAGGACUGGGGGUCAUCGACUGGGAAAACUGGAGGCCCCUGUGGGAUAGGAACUGGGACAAGAAAAGCAUCUACAGAACAAAGUCAAUUCAGCUGGUAAAGACGCUUCAUCCGGACUGGCCUAGUGAUUUACUGCAGAAACAAGCCAAAGAAGAAUUUACUGUUGCUGCAAAGAGUUUUAUGAGCGAGACUGUUCUUCUGGCGCAGGAAAUAAGACCUAAUGGCCUUUGGGGUUAUUAUCUCUUUCCAGAUUGCUACAAUCAUGAUUAUAAGAAGUAUCCUGAUACCUAUACAGGAAAAUGUCCAGCUAUUGAAAUGAAGCGCAAUGAUUACCUGCAGUGGAUGUGGAAAUACAGCACUGCCCUUUUCCCUUCCAUAUAUCUAGAUACGGUUUUGAAAUCGACAACAAAUGCACAAAAGUUUGUUCAUCAUCGUUUAAAAGAAGCAACACGUGUUGCUGCAAUGUCAGGUAGAUCUUACGAACUGCCAAUUUAUGCAUAUGCAAGACCUUUUUACUCUUAUACUCUUGAUCCAUUGUCAAAGAUUGACCUAAUUAACACAAUUGGAGAAAGUGCUGCAUUAGGGGCAGCAGGAGUAGUGCUGUGGGGAGGCAGUGAUUAUUCUAGUACACCGAACAGCUGUAACCUAGUGAAGAACUACAUUGAUGGAGAGUUUGGACGCUACAUUGUCAAUGUGACUUCUGCUGCUAAACUUUGCAGCAAGGUUUUAUGUGGAAAAAAUGGGAGGUGUGUAAGAAAGAAUCAGAAUUCAGCAACGUACUUACACUUGAAUCCAAAGAAUUUUAAAAUAAAGUCCCGUUUUAAUGGUAAGGGGCAUUAUGUAACUGGUCACCAUGGAAAAGAAGAUGUCCAGUACAUGAAGCAUAAAUUUGUGUGUCAGUGCUUUGAAGGUUGGACUGGGAUGUUCUGUGAAAUCCCAGACCCGGAUGAUUUGAAAUGGAGGGCACUAAAUGUGAAAAAUGGUGCCAUAUUGUCAACAUCUUUUAAUAUUGUGCUUUUUUUUGUUUUUUACAUCAGUAUUUUAAUAUCAAUGUAUGCCUAG